AAUUACAGGCCCAUGUUUUUAAUCGCUUUGGAAAAUUGCAGUUUUAAAACGCUCUCAACUUUCAACUUUGACCUCUUGCGGAAUCCCACAUGGUCGGCUGUUGAUGUACAAGAAGCAUGCCUACUGUAACUCUAGAAUCACAGAAAAACGGCACCAUGAGUAAAGCUAAAGUAAAGAGUGCGAAGAAAAGAGCUGCUGAAGAGGACAAUGACCAGCUUCCCAUAUUUGACAAAGACGUCACUGAGAAGGCUGGGGAAGAAGGAGAUGAGGACCUCUCAGAUAGCGAGGAGAGUGUGUUCUCAGGACUGGAGGACUCUGGGAGUGACAUUGAUGAAGAAGAAGAGGAUGAUGGGGAUGACGAAGAGGAGGAGGAGGAGGAGGAGGAUGAUGAUGAUGCUGUUGUCAUACUAGAUGAAAAUCUGAAGAAUAGCAGUGGUGCUGAAACAUCUGCUGAACCAGCUGAGCCUAAGCAGCAAGGCAAAAAAACUGCAUCAAAGGAGAAGAGGAAGAUGAAGAAAGGCAAGGGAGGCGCCAUUGAUGGCAGAGGAGAGAAGGGACUGACCACCACCUUCCAGGGAUUGGCCACCGCCCAGCCGGGGGACGAGUAUGAACAUGACACCUCCGAUGAAGAGGACAUUCGUAACACGGUGGGCAACAUUCCCAUGGAGUGGUACCAGGACUACCCUCACAUCGGCUAUAACCUGGACGGGAAGAAGAUCUUUAAGCCCAUCAGGAACAAAGACGAGCUGGAUGAGUUCCUGGACAAGAUGGAGAACCCAGACUACUGGCGUACGGUUCAUGACAAGACGACAGCCUCAGACAUUCGUCUGACAGACGAGCAGGUGGACCUGGUGCACCGCCUCCAGAAGGGUCAAUUUGGCGACGUCAACUUCAAAGAGUACGAGCCGUCCGUGGACUUCUUCACCAACGAGGUCAUGAUCCAUCCGGUGACCAACAGGCCCCAGGACAAACGCAGCUUCAUCCCCUCACUCAUAGAGAAGGCGAAGGUUUCGAAGCUGGUCCAUGCCAUAAAGAUGGGUUGGAUCAAGCCCCGUAAGCCCAAAGAGACCACCCCUCAGUACUACGACCUGUGGGCCAAGGAGGACCCCAACGCCAUACUGGGGCGCCACAAGAUGCACGUCCCAGCCCCCAAGAUGAGGCUGCCCGGACACGAGGAGUCCUACAACCCUCCGCCUGAGUACCUGCUCACAGAGGAAGAGAGACUGGUGUGGGAGCAGCAGGAUGCAGAAGACAGGAAGCUCCCGUUCCUCCCCCAGAAACACUCCUGUCUGAGGGCCGUGCCCGCCUUCUCCCGUUUCAUCCACGAGCGCUUUGAACGCUGCCUUGACCUUUACCUGUGUCCCCGCCAGCGCAAGAUGAGGGUGAAUGUGAAUCCAGAAGAUCUGAUCCCCAAGCUGCCCAAACCCAAGGACCUGCAGCCCUUCCCCACCACUAUGUCUCUGGUGUACCGUGGCCACACCAGUCUGGUGCGCUCCAUCAGUGCGUCUCCCACUGGCCAGUGGCUGGUCUCAGGCUCAGACGAUUUCACGGUGCGCUUCUGGGAGGUCAACACAGGGCGCUGCAUGAAGACUCUGGAGGUGGGCGGAGCUGUGAAGAGCGUGGCGUGGAACCCCAACCCGGCCGUCUGCCUGGUGGCUGUGUGCUUUGAGCGUACAGUGCUGCUGUUGAACCCAUCUUUGGGAGACAGGCUGGUGGUGAGCUCCACAGACCAGCUGAUCACCGCCUACGAGCCCCCAGAGGAGGACAAGGAGCAGGUCGUCACCUGGGCUCUGUCUGAAGGCCUGGAGCACAACAAGGGACACCGCCUUACCCUCACCCACCCCAAAGCAGUAAAGCAGGUAGUUUGGCACGGUAAGGGUGACUACCUGUCCAGCGUCAUGCCUGACAACAGCAGCAACCUGCAGGUGCUGAUCCACCAGGUGAGCAAGCGGCGGACACAGAACCCCUUCCGCAAGAACAAGGGCCUGGUGCAGUGCGUCUCCUUCCACCCGCUGCGGCCCUACUUCUUCGUGGCCACGCAGCGCUACGUGCGCGUCUACAACCUCAUCAAGCAAGAGCUGACCAAGAAGCUGAUGACCAACUGCAAGUGGAUCUCCAGCAUGGCCAUUCACCCUGGAGGUGAUAACCUGAUCUGUGGCAGCUAUGACUGCAGACUGGCCUGGUUUGAUCUGGACCUCUCUACCAAACCGUACAAGAUGCUGCGGCACCACAAGAAGGCCUUGAGGGGAGUGGCUUAUCACAGGAACUACCCCCUAUUCGCCUCUGGUGCUGAUGACGGCAGCGUGAUCGUCUGCCACGGCAUGGUCUACAAUGACCUGCUCCAGAAUCCUCUCAUUGUACCAGUCAAGGUACUGAAGGGUCACCAGAUCACCAAUGAUCUGGGGGUCUUAGACGUGACCUUCCACCCCACCCAGCCCUGGGUCUUCUCCUCGGGGGCUGACACCACCAUCCGCCUCUUCACCUAAACCACCUUGGUCACAUCUCAAAUCACACACUAUUCCCUAUCUAGUGCACUACGUUUGACCAGAGCAGUUUGACAAAAGCAGUGCACUACAGUAUAUAGGGAUACCUUUUUAUCUCAAAUGACAUGCUAUUCCCUAUAUAGUGCACUGCUUUUGACCAGAGCAGUUUGACCAAAGUGGUGCACUAUAUAGGGAAUAUGGAUACCUUGGUUACAUUUCAAAUGGCACCCUAUUCCCUGUAUAGUGCAAUACUUUUGACCAGAGCCCACAUAGGGCUAUAUCUGAGCAAUAUGUGUACUGUAUUUAAGACACUUCCCAGUCUCCUCCCAUGUCCUCUGACAGCUAUCCCUGACGGAAUAAUCAAAUCAAGUGCCUGACAUCAUGUAUAUUAUCCUCAUGUUUAUUACUUUUUCCAAGCUAAGAGAACAUCGACCACACAGCCAUAAUCUCUUUCUCUCCUCAGUGAAACUGAGACAGUAAAAAUAUGUUUGGUUUCAAACGGCACCUCAAAUCUGGCCUGGGCAGGAAAACCCAUUUCCGUCUACGUUGCUGUUCUGUGCAGCUGACCUCAUAGCAGCGCAUACGAGUCAAACCACUAAUGCUUGGACACUUCAGACAGCCCCCGUGACAAAAUAUACUGUAUGUUCAGAGAUUAAGCUUGCCAAUAGAAACAAUAGAACAAAGAUGUUGUGAGCCCCCAGAAGGCCCCUGUCAGCCCCUGUCCUAGAAGGAUAUGUGUAAUUAUAUCGGCCUCUCUUUGUGUAUGCAACCAAAGUCAUGUCCAGUUGAGGUUCUGCAGGACUUGUUCCGAUCACAAACACUAUGUAUGACGAUGUGUGAUCCCUUUUUUUUUUGUAAAAUCUUCUGACUCCUUUUCUCGACGACUUUGUCGGUCUGCUACAAGUAUUUCUUUUGAAUUAAAACGGGUGUUCCCUGAA